AUGGGGACAGUUUACGCGAAAGAAAUGGAAAGCRGUGGCAGCAGUCAAGCUGAUGAUUAUCUUGCUAUACCAUCUGUUGUAGAUAGAGUACACAUUGAAGGUCUUCACAGAACAAAGACUGAUUUCAUUCUUCCUGAACUUACAAAGAUUCUUGAAGCACAGACUUUCGGAGAGGUUGUAGAAUACACUUUAGAAGUUAGAGAUAAUUUGAGUAGUCUGGAGAUAUUUAAACACAUCAAUGUAGUCAUUGAUACAAGUCAAGGCCCAAAAGCCAGUCCAAAUGGAUAUGAAGUAACGUUAUCUGUCAAAGAAAAAAGAAUUAUUUCCAGCAAUGUKGGGACUCAAGUUGGUAACAAUGAGGGGUCAAUGGUGUUUGGAGCAAAGAUGAACAACGUGCUUGGUAGAGGUGAAAGCUUAAAGGCAGACCUUGGAUUUGGUACAAGAACAAAGACUUCUUAUCAGCUUGGAUUUACAAAACCAGUGACAGGUCAACAUCACAAAAAUUAUUCUAUAGGUGUACAGAAAAGUUUAACAGAAUUAUUUCAGAGUUCACACAAAGAGUCUACACAAGGGAUCAAUAUGCAAUAUUCAUUUCCUUCAGUGAUUGGUCAACACUCUGUUAGGUGGGAAGGGUCAUGGAGAGAGGUGACUGGUAUUGAGCCUACUGCAUCUUUCUCUGUUCGUCAAGAAGCAGGGCAUUCUUUAAAGAGUUCAUUAUUGCAUACAGUUGUUGCUGAUACUAGAGAUCAUAUAUCAUAUCCUACAGAAGGAUCUCUUUUUAAGCUAACUCAGGAGAUUGCUGGUCUUGGUGGUAAUGUUUCUUUUAUUAAGAACAAUGUAGAGCUCCAAGAAAAUAUUAAAGUGCUGGAUGAUGUUGUGUUUUCAUGGUCAGCGCAAGCAGGAUUGAUGAAUACAUUAUCUAAUAGACCAUCAAGAAUAAACGAUCGGUUUUUUCUUGGAGGUCCACUGUCCGUCAGAGGUUUUCAUAUAAAAGGAAUAGGACCGAGAGAUCAAGGCGAUUCUCUGGGUGGUGAGGUUUAUUGGGCGACUGGUGUUCACUUGUACACCCCUCUACCAUUCCGACCAGGACAAGGGAGUUUUGGAGACCAUAUAAAAACACAUACCUUCUUUAACGCAGGAAAUCUAUUUGCUGUAGAUUCAACGUUGCCUUUCCGACAACAAGCUUACCCACUCUUUCAAAAUAUACGAUGGUCWUGUGGAUUUGGCUUGGUAUUAAUGCUGGGUAUUGCACGUGUUGAAUUAAAUUACUGUAUACCACAAGGAGUACAGACAUCAGAUCGAAUUAAUCCUGGUCUACAGAUUGGACUUGGCGUCAACUUCUUAUGAUUUUUUUUUUUACUUCGUACAGAAAUGUGGCUGCGGUGUGGAUAAUCGGCAUUACUGCUGGGCUGCCUGUGAUCAAAUGAACGAUUUCUCAGACAAACAGCAGUUUUUUUAGAAAUUCGGGCUUAUUUAAUACUAGAACAUGUUGUUUCAGAUGCUGUUUCAUGAUUUCAAGUGGUAAGGUUAAGACUGAAGUGUUCUUUUCUUGUCCUUUUUCUUUUUAAUUCUGUAUUUUCCAAUUCAAAUUACCACGACUAUCACGGCUAUCAUCGUUACCAUCACCUCUGAUCCGUCAACAAAUAUGCAAAAAUUAAAAGCGAAAAAUGGCGACAAAUUUGAU